CGAUCUUCAUUCACAUACCGCAGCAGUGGCAGGCUGACCAUAUCAAAAGCAAACGAUGCAUGAUGAAGGCUCGAGGAAAGGAUUUAGCACACUGAGAGGUCGAGCAUCGGCAUUAUCCGGCGAUUCCUUCUCUCUCCCAUCUCGUCGGGCACCACGGUACCGGAGCGUGCACACCUGAUCAUGGAGUCAUUUCCCUUUGCUCUGCGACCUCGUCGCGAUCUGACGUUUCUUGUGGAACUCCGCUUGCAUAGUAGCAUCCAGGAUCCACCACCCUAAGUAUGCUAAUCACCCAGUUCUUUCUGCCCUUGCUCGUCUCUGGAGCUCUCAGCUCGCUCGCUUUCGCUGCUCAGCCCACGCAGAAUCCGUUCGUAGCUGAAUCAGAAGCCUAUGGCGUCAAGGACCAAGCAGAUCUUGAUUACCUUUUGCUUGACAACGACGGCUUUAAGCGAGCCAUGCAAGAGGUGGAUCCCGCGUAUGCUGCUGUGCUCGACGAACCGCGUCUGGUCGAGGUGUUCGGGUCGGAGAGGCGGUGGAUGACCGAAGGAGACAAGCUCAGGCUGAAGCAGCAGGGUUUCUCGUUCUUUGAUUUGACGAACUUUGAGGAGUACGAGGUCAAGCAGUCGGUCGCGAGUGGGGAUAUACCCUGGCCCGAAGUACACAUGCAGUCCGCGGUGCACGACGUCAUUCAGAGCCUCAGCCUCGCGUCGAUGAAGGCCAGCCUUGAGGUGUUCACCUCGUUCUACAACCGCUUCUACCGCUCCGACUACGGCGUGCGCAGCUCACGCUGGCUGUUCAACCGACUUCUCGAGAUCAUCGCCUCCGCCCCACCCUCCGCCCGCCUCUCCCUCGAAACAUUCACACACUCCUUCCCCCAACCCACGCUCAUCGCGCGCUUCGAGCCCGCCGGCGGACGCACCGCCUCCCCGCACCCGCCCGCGGACGCCCUGCCGAUCGUGAUCCUCGGCGCGCACCAGGACUCGGCGAACUACGCGUUCCCGCACCUGCGCGCGCCCGGCGCGGACGACGACGGCUCGGGCGCGGUCGUCCUGCUCGAAGCGUUUGCGGCGCUUGUGGGGGCGGGGUUCACGCCGGCGGGCGCGGUUGAGUUUCAUUGGUAUGCGGCGGAGGAGGGCGGGUUGUUGGGCAGUCAGGAGGUUGUGAGGGAGUAUGUGGGGGCGGGGAGGAGGGUGGGCGCGAUGGUUCAGUUUGACGGCGUUGCGUGGGUGCUCCCCGGCUCGACGCCGACGGUGACGCUGAUCAACACGGAAGUCGACGCGUCGCUGACGAACUGGACGAUCGGUCUCGCGAGCACGUAUUGCGCGCGUCCGGCAAAGGAGGGAAAACUCAAGCCUCGUCAGGGAUCCGACCACAUGGCGUGGCACCGCGCGGGCUUCCCGGCCGUGUACGCAGCGGAGGGCGAUCCUCGUGUCGGAGAGCAGAACCCGUGGGACCACACGGUGGACGACAGGUGGGACGUGCCCGAGUUUUCAUUUGACCACGCGAUGGAAUUUGCGAAGCUGGCCGUCGCGUUUGCGGUUGAGCUCGGUGGGUGGGUGGUAUGAGAUGCGCAAGAUACAUACAGCAAUGUCUUGUAGUGUACAUGUCAGUUCACACAGCAGUGGCGACAUUGGGGUGAUUGCAGAGUUUUCAUAAUAUAGGCUGAAAACGCGGGAAUCAUUAUUUCCAUGUUAUAAUGUUACGUAGCACAACUGCGCCGUGAUAAUAUAGAGGAGCGAAGC